CCAGCACUGCUGCCAUGGCUUUCACACUUUUGCAAUCCACACUCUUCUCAAAGCCAUCUCUUUUCUUUCACAGAAGAAGCUUUGCCUUUUACAUACAAUUGUCUUUUUUCUCCACAAAUUCUGCUUUUCCUUCAGACAAAUUCAGGCAACCGAUGGCAUCAGUUCUCGAGCUUGGUGGCAUCAAGAUUGCCAAAACUGAAAUAGUAAGAGAUGACCCAACAAACAAUGUUCCUGAUUCAAUAUUCUCAAAGCUUGGAAUGCAGCUUCACAGGAGGGAUCAGCAUCCCCUUGGCAUCCUGAAGAAUGCAAUCUAUGACUAUUUUGACACUAAUUAUCCCAACAAAUUUGACAAGUUUGAUGAUUUGUACCCAAUAGUUUCGACUAUUGUGAACUUUGACGAUGUAUUGGUACCUACUGAUCAUGUGAGCAGGAGUUAUAAUGAUACAUAUUAUGUGGAUUCUAAAACUGUCUUGAGGUGCCAUACUAGUGCUUAUCAAGCUGAGUUACUGAGAGGAGGCCAUACUCAUUUCCUUGUCACUGGAGAUGUAUAUCGCAGAGAUUCUAUUGAUUCAACUCAUUACCCUGUAUUCCAUCAGAUGGAAGGUGUUAGAGUUUUUACGCUGGCUGAUUGGGAGGCAUCUGGCACUGAUGCCACAUCAUAUGCUGCGGAGGAUCUAAAGAAAUGCCUUGAGGGGUUAGCAUGCCAUUUAUUUGGUGGUGUGGAAAUGCACUGGAUUGACACUUAUUUUUUCUUCACCAACCCAUCAUUUGAAUUGGAGAUAUAUUUUCAGUUUCGAAUACCGUUAAUGCUUGACAUCGACUUGUAUAUGUUCUAA